UCCUUUUCGUCCUUCACUGCAUGCCCCUCCUCCUCCUCUUUCUCCUUCCCCUCCUUCUCAUUAUCUUCGUCCUUCUUGAAUAUCAUACAGGUAAAGCCACACACACACACACACACACACACACACACACACACAUUAUCGCCUUAUCUGUAUCCCUGGCAACACUAUCUUCCGAGGCUCAUGUGGGGCUUGCACCAUAGGACUGUACUACGUUAACGGUGGGGGUGCUGGUAGUGGUGGUGGUGGUGGCGCUGAAGUGGUGUUGUGGUGUUGAAGUGGCUCUGUUGGUGUUGGUGGUGGUGGUAUACGUCCCUAGUGGUGUGGUGGUGUUGGUGCUUGCUUCGUGAGGUGGUGAACGUGGUGGUGGUGGUUGUGUUUCCAGUGGUGUUAGAUAUUGCCUGUUGGUGGUGGUGUUGCAACUGGUGGUGGUGUGUGUUCCCCUUCAGUGGUGUUGGUGUAGUCGUGGUGUUGGCAGUGCUGGUGGUGUGUUGCGGUGGUGGUAGUGGUGGUGGUGGUGGUAUGCCGUGGUCAUAGUGGUGUUGGUGGUGAUAGUCGUGGUGGUGGUUGUGGUGGUAUGCGGUGGUGGUGGUAGCUGGGAGGAAAGUGCCAGCCAUGAGGACCACAGGCGUACGCUGCGCCCCCGUGCCCGCCCCCCGCCCCAAGCAGCCCCCCGCCCCCCCGCAGCCCCUCCCGAGGACCAGGUUCCUGCAGAGGGUCGCGUCGGAGGAGCCCCCAGACACCCCUCCCGAUGCCCCCUCGCCUGCCCCCCCUGAGGCCCCCACGCAGGGCACCUUCUUGGUCAUCUCCCAGAACCUGGCGACCCCCCCCUCCAAGGGCCGAACCCCGCCCCCCAAGCCCCCCCGCUCCCCCAGCGCGAGUAACAUCCCCCCCGGCACUGACGCCUCCCCCGUGUCCCGUCGGCCCGGCCUGAUGGAGGUGUUGUCCCGCCCCAGCCCGUCCCCCCCGGCCUCACCCCCCUGCCCCCGGCCUGCCCCGGCGGCCCCCCCAGUGCGGCCAGCCCCCCAGGGUCGAGGCGGGGGUCUCGGGGCCGUGCCGACGCGGCGUGCCCCUCGGCCCCGCUUGUCCCCGCUGUCCAUUCCUCAGCCUCCCGCCGGCGUGCCCCCCAGGCCCCCCAGAGGCGCCGCCCCGCCCCGCCUUCCCCUGCGGCCCUCCCCGACUCAGCUGGCAGUCUCCAGGGCCCGCAUGGGUGCCCCUGAGCCCCGCCCCGCCGGCCCCCGCCCGGUCUCGGUGCCCCAGAGCCCCGUGUGCUCCGUGGAGGACUUCGAGGACGGCUGCAAGGAGGUGUUCCGCAACACACGCGCGGCCAAGGAUCUGGCGGCCCGCGGCAAGCACGUGCAGGCGGCGAAUCACUACCAGGUGGCGCUGACGGCGUUGGACCGUGUACUGCGUGCUCAGGUGCUGACGCUCACCCCGCACGAGAUGACCAGGCAGCGGCUCUUCCUCCUCCAGCAGGACGUGUUCAACCUGAGGAAGGAGGCACUGAACGGUUUCACGGACGCCCAGACUGCCGUGCGUGCCCCCCGCGGCCUCUCCCCCACCAGGCCCACGCCCGGCGCCCCGCCCUCCUACGACGACGUGAUCAACGAGGACCGCCGCCGCCAACAAGAUGAUCCUCAGGGCUCAUCCAGACUGUCUUCCACAUCAACAGCAUCCACAUCCGCAGCAUCCACAUCCCGCCAAUGCCCUCCACAGAGAAACCAGCCGCUCCGGCCCCCCCCACAACCCAGCUCCACCCACCCACCCUUGGCUCGUGCCCGCCCACACAGCACCAUAGUAUCACAGGCGCAGGGGAUGGUGGGUGUGUUAGAGCCUUCCACAGCCCCAUCCACCUCCCCCCUAAACAUUGCCUCAUCCACUAGCAAUGUCCAAGCCCCCCAGAAGCCCUCUCGCUCCAGCUCCACACGCCCCAAGUCCUCGUACCAUCCACCAAGCCAGACCGAACCACCCAUGUCCCUCCCUCCUCCUCUCCUCCCUAUCUCCACCCAUCCCAUCCUCUCUCCUCCCUCCCCAGCAGCCUCCAGUCUCCCCCCACUGCCAGAUGAGGUGUUGGAGAGCCAGAUGAAGGCACUGCAGGUGUGUGAGAGUGCCAAGGGGGCCAAGCUGCCUGUCGGAGGAGAAGGAGGAGGAGGAGGAGGUGGUGAUGAGAAGGAUCGGGGCAAGACCACUUCAUCCUCAGCACCCCUGAAAGAAGAUCCAUUUCUCAGUCUUGAUCCUUUGUCUUCUGCUAAGCUGGAGGCAAGGAGAGAAGAGGGAGGAGGAGGAGGAGGAGGAAAGGAUCAAGCCAAGAGAACCGUCCUGACCUCCUCGGUAUCCUCCUCAAUGGACGAUCCGUUCCUCAGCCUUGAUCCGUUCCCUCCCAUUGAAGCCACGCCAGAAGACAGUGAUGUGUUUACUGAAGGGAGUCCAGCACCUUGCAUCCCAUCCACAGCCACACAGUGCACCAACAGCCCUGCAUUCUCAGACGACUUUUCACCAUCAACCACAGAGAAGAACAGGUCACACAGCCCCACAGAAACACAGAACCAAGCCCUUUCCACCCCACCCACAGCCAUAGGGACACAGUGUAGUGACAGUCAAGCGUUCUCCAGCGACUUCAUGCCAUCAGACGCAGAGAAGAAUGGUCCAUGCAGCCCCACAGAAACACAGAACCAAGCCAUGGGGACACAGCGUAACCACAGCCCUGCAUUCUCCGACGACUUUUCACCAUCAACCACAGAGAAGAACAGUCCACCCAGACACUUGGGGGACUCCAUUCUCGAGGCACUGGACUUCGCCGUCACCCUCACGCAAGGGCACCGAAGGGUCUCACCACAGAGCUCAAAGGGGCGUUCAUACUCGGAGGAAAACCUUCUCGACACCUCCCACAACACCCUGGAGGCCAUUCUGAACCCAAACCGGGGCAUGUGUGCCAGCCGGGCAUCCAUCAUUGAGGAGUUUGAUCCCCUUGUAGCCUCACACUCCCAAGAGGAUGACCAGAGCGAGGAGGAAGAGGAGGAGAGGAAGACAUAUGACCAAGCGGCUACUGCCCCUCCAAAACCAGCACCGAGGAGGACUGUACAAGGAGGUGUUUUGGCAGCUAAGGAGGAGGAGGAGGAGGAGGUGGAAGAGGAUGAGGAGGGUACGUACGACACCUCUCCUCCAGGCUACUAUGCUGAAGGGGGAGCUGCAGCACAAGCAGAGGCGACAGAUGUGCACAACGAUUACUCUUAUAACCUCACGAAGCUGCCGCCAGGGACUCAGUACGCCUUUGACGCUGGGAGAGGGAGGACGUCUUACUCUUCAUCUGAGGACUCCUGCAGCGUCCUAUCAUGGCCGCCAGACCUCCCCUCCUCCUCCUCCUCCACCUCCACCUCCACCCCUGCCUCCCCCCCCUCCUUCUACCCCUGCCUGGAUGAGGAGGAGGUGGAGGAGGAUGAGGAGGGGAAGGAGGUGGACGUCGGACGCUCGGCUUUCUACCAUAAUCCCUCGAGUCAGGGUGGCGGUGGCAGCAGAAGGAGGGACCUGCUGAGGAUCCGUGAGGGGGUGAAAAUAUACUUCAUUCACACGGAUGGCGUCAUCACCUCGCCCUGGAAGAAACCGGUCCUGGCUGUCUAUAGAGACCCCGCCAAGGCACAGCUGCUGGGUGACGGGAUGGUGCUCAGCGUGGGGAACAACCUCUGGGCCUGUGAGCUGUGCAAGAAGUUCACGCUGGUGCUCAGGACGCAGGCUGGGGGUUACGUCUUCAGCGAGGUCGCCGGCAAGCCUGAGUGCAAAGCCGUGUGUGUUCGAGUGCCGUCCAACGUGCGUCGGGCCCAGCAGGAGUUCCUCAACAAGAUCCUCCUGCAGCACACCCGCCUGGAGGAGGAGCGGCCCAAGGGCUUCACCAAGGCCAUCUCUAAGGGGGCCUCGUCUGCUGCCACACGCAUGAACAAGCUGGUCGACAACAAUUCCACGAGCUCCAGCCAACCCUUCGUCAGGCGGAACUCCAUGAGGGCGUUGAAGGGCGUUUCCAAGCGCCUCAACACCAUUGCCGAGAAGACUGGUGCCACAAUGAAGGAGUUGCCGAGCGAGUACGAGGCCUUACAGGAGGCAGCGGACACCCUCGCCUUCGCCCGCAAUGCAAAGAUGAUUCAGUACAUUUGAUUCUACAUGCUGAGCGUCUCAUGGCCUCAUAAGGGACCCAAGCUUCCCUUCUCUGCUCUGCCCUGCACUGUUCUGCCCUGCCACUCACUUCGAGGACAACAGACAGCCGUAACACCACCUGCAAGUUUGUCGUAUAAGUUUUCAGUGUUGUGGAGUUUUUCCAACCAGCCCGUCAGUGUGCGUAAGUGCUGGCACCAGGGAGAGGGCAUUGCAAGACUUCAGCUUCCCCCAAAAUCCUCUUAACACCUUCCCUUCAGCUUCCCCCAUUGAAUAUAAGCUCUCAGCCCUUCCCUUCAGCUUCCCCCAUUGAAUUUAUGCUCUCAGCCCUCCCCCUUGAUUUUAAGCUUUUGGCCCUCCCCCUCAGCUUCCCUAUUGAUUUUAAGCUCUCAAGCCUUCCCCUCAGCUUCCCCCAUUGAAUUUAUGCUCUCAGCCCUCCCCCUUGAUUUUAAGCUUUCGGCCCUCCCCCUCAGCUUCCCCAUAUAUUUUAAGCUCUCAAGCCUCCCCUCUGUUUCCCCAUUGAUUCUAAGACCAAUUAUUCUUUUUUCUGGGCAGACCCUCAACUCCCCUUUGCAGUAGGUCAGUCCCUUCCUCCCCAAGCCUUCCCUGGAGUCCUCGCUGGUGUUGACACUACCUGUUAAGUAGCUCUGCCUGGGGAAGCACCAACAAGCUCACCAGUGUUCAUGUUGCACCUUUAUAUGUAGCACUAACAGGCUCUCCAGUCCACAAUAUUGGUCUGGGGUGGCACUAACAAAUACAUUAAUGGUCACUGUUUGGGCUGCACCAUGGGUCUGCCUGGGUCUGGGAUGGCACAAACUAACCAAUCAUGUUCACUGCUCAGGCUGCACCACUGUAUAGCUCUGUAUGGCACUAACUACAUCAGUGUUCAGGUUGUAUUUACUCUGGCUCUGUGCCACUGUCUAGAGUGUAUGCUCAGGUAACAUUCAGUCCCAUGUAAAAGUUCCCCCCUCACCAAGACUAUGACAUAUUUGAUUUAAGGAGCAGAUUUAACCCCUGGAGAUGUAGCAUCCAUGUGGAAAUCAGUCUCCUAAACUUGGCCCUAAAAAAUAUUCAGAAACUUUCUCAUGUAGCACUCAGUCCCAUGUAAAAAUUCUCCUCCCCUACACAUGAAGACUAUGUUAUAUUUGAUUUGAGGACCAGAUUUAACCCCCUGGAGAUGUAACGUCCAUGUGGAAGUCAAUGCUCUAAACUUGGCCCUAAAAAGCAUUCAGAAACUUGUCUUUUCCAUGAGUAUUCACCUGUCAGAAGUUGUCAACAAGUUCAUCACCUCAUCUCACUGGCCAGAGGAAUAUGUGGAAUGACUUAAGAGGUUCACAUGAGGUCCAGUUUGUCCCAUUGACGAUGACAUUGAUGGAGUGAACUGUUUUUUUGUACCAGCGUUGUCAGGUUAUCACAUUCACCACAUUGUAUUUGUCAUUUUAAGCCUCAAGCUGUCUCUCGUACCCAUACAAAUACCGACAGGAAAGUAAAGUUAGUGUUAAAACUGUUAUUCAUUGAUGUCUUUUUAUUUUGCUAGAGUUAUGGGCUAUCAGCUUGCAUUCACCACAUUGUCUUUAUCAUGUUUAAGCCUCAAGCUCUCUCUCGUACCCAUACAAAUAUCAACAGGAAAUUAAAGGUAAUGUCAAAACUGUUUUUCACUGAUGUUUGUUUGCUUGUUCUGGUAGUUAUCCGUCAGAAACUAUGAAAAUCCAAUGCGAUGAGUAAGAUAAUUUGGGAACGCUGGUUUGUACUCCCUCAGAGCCACAGAGAGGCCAAAGUUUUGCUUGUAAGAUGACAUUUGACAGUCAAGAAGAGGGCAGAAAACAUGGCAUAAGUUCCUCAGGGUUCAGCCUGCAUGAUCCUCCUCCUCCUCUGUACUGUACCAUUGAUCUCUGUACUAACGCUGCUGUUGCUGUUACUGAUAUCACCAUUACUGGCUGGGUUAACAUUAUCAUUAUUAUUAUUUGUUAUAGUUGUUAUUAGUUGUUGUUGAUGUUACUUAAUAUUACUGUUCUAUAUUGUUAAGUGAGUAUAGUUGAGGACCCUUUGAGGCCAGCACUGGGCAUAAUGAGAACACUGAGUCAAAGGAUGGAGAGGAGUAGAUGAGAGGUGUGAGUGUCUGUGAAUGUUGCAAGAGGGGAGUGUUUGAAGAGGGAGAUCUAGAGACAUCAGGCACGGCAACCACCUCAGAGGGAGUGAAGAGAAGGCCCAGGGUGUGUCAGCUAUACAUUGACAGCUAGAGAGGUAGAUUGGCUUGGCUUGUCAGAGAUUUCCAAGAGUAAUCUGUAAAUAUUGUUGUAUGAGCACAUGGGCUGCAUGACACCACAUUCACCAGUGCAAUGCAUGUGUUUAUGUUGUGGUGAGGAGAUGAUAUUUGUGAUAAACCUCAGCCCUUCCAA